AUGGCAGAUGAGGAUAGAAAACCUCGGCAUAGGCUCGGCGCCGAUGAACUGCUCGAAGAAACCCAAGGAGCUAGUGCCAAGAUCGUCAACUUGCUCGAGGUCAACGGGCUUGCGGCGGAAUCUAUUGAGCACCUCACAAGCUUGACCAAAGGCGGUGACUUCAUGGGGUCAUUGAACUUGGCGAGGCGCUUGGGUUUAAGCAUGCCAGACGUGCCACACAAUGACCUGGUAGUCUUGCUAUUGGACGCGUGGGACUGCGUAGUAUACAAGACUGGACACACCCGAAAACAGAUGUAUCGAAAGGUGAGAUUACUGGAGGCGGACAACAAGACCGAGCCCGACACGCUGGACAGAUGGAAGGGGGAGCGAGACAAGGCGGAGAGAGAAAGCGCCAAGGCCAACGUUGCCUACGUUACUAUGCGCGAGAUCGCCAAGUCCUUCAAGGAAGAACCUCAGGAAGAAGGGGAGGGAGCACCAGUAGAGCAGACCGGCGAGGUAGCCCCGUAG